AUGGACCCUGCAGUUUCCUCCAGCUCAUCGGGCAGCAGCUCCGAGCCCGCGUCGCCCUCUAGAGCCCACAAGAUCCGCCCAAAGUCAGGCAAGAAGAGCCCCAGGAUGAAGGACCCCUCGGCCCGCAGAGAGCUCAAGCGCUCCAUCGAGAAGAAGUUCCGGCUGCGGUACGCCUCGCUGCAGGGCGCCUACGAGCAGCGGCUGGAGGCGCUGGCCAGUCGCGUGCAGGAGGCCGAGAACGCGCUGACCAGCGAGUACGCGAGCGCGCGGCUGAGCGAGAUCGUGCACGAGUGUUUCUACGGUGAGCGCGAGCGCUACGUCAAGGCAAUGAGCGACCAGAUCGCGUGGCAGGCCAGCGACCUGCGCGAGGCCCAGCAGAAGCUGCGCGUCGUGCAGCGGCGAGAGGGCGACGCGCAGCGGCAGUGGAAGCUGGCGCAGCGAGACAUCCAGGCGCUGCACCACCAGCUGGACGUGAGGGAGGGAGGUGGACAUGAUGAAGCAGCGCGUGCAGGCGUUGGAGGCGCUGCAACAGGAGCAUGA